AUGGACCAGGCAGGAUUGGAGUUUCGACGACUCGUGGUAGCCCUUCAAGCGGCUCAAGCCACAAAGGUGGUUGGCUGUCUUAUGGAUUGUAAAAUAUUGGCGUAUUCGACGAUCUGCCUGACCAUCAGAGAUGAUAACAUCGAGAUGCAUGCCGCAGAGCAGCCACCGCUUCUGUACCCGGGAAAUCCAACAGCAUCGACGGAUCGUACCGUCUGUCUCAGCACUCCGAGUUCGACCGUCUCACCUCCAAAGCUUGACAGUCAAUAUCUCCGCGAUUCUCCGGAGAACGUUCUACUCUGCAAAGAUAAUGGACGGGAUGCCACGACAGUGCUCGGUGACCAAGGCAUAGGCUCUGUGCCUUCAUGA